AUGUUUGAUGGGAGCAAUGAGUAUAGGAUCAAACCAGUGGAAGAGGUCAAAUACAUGAAAAAUGGGGGAGAAGAUGAUCAGAAAAUAGCAGCCAGGAACCAAGAAAACUUGGAAAAAAGUGCCAGUUCAAAUGCAAGACUCAAAUCUAACAAAGAGCUCCCAGGAUUAGUACAUCAACCCAGAGCAAACAUGCACAUCUCCGAAAGCCAACAAGAAUUCUUCAGAAUGCUUGAUGAAAAGAUUGAAAAGGGUCGUGACUACUGUUCAGAGGAGGAGGAUGUCACAUAGUGCCAGCCCUGCCUCGCCCAGGAGCACCUCCAGUGUAAAUAGAUCCAACCCAGCCUUCUGGAUACAACCUUUGGGACGUUGGCUCCAGUGAACAGCACUCCAUAACAGAAGACGACCAUUUCCACAUUAUAUGCUCCAUUCAGUUACAGUGUUUCCUAAUGAACACAUGAGGAAUAUUGCUAAGAACUCCUAAGGAACUGUUUUUGUUGCUGCUAGUUAAAACUUGUUGCAACUUCUCACUUUUUUCUGUGUCCAGAUACGCAGCAGAUCCUUAAAAGUUAAUCCAAAAGACCUUGUUGAUUUUAUUGAGGCUUCUGGCCUAUUUUCUAUCAGAUGAGGUAGUGUUAAACCAAACUUCCAUAAGUGAACAUCCAAGCAUCUAAGAACCACCCCUGAGCUGUGUGUCCAUCCGUGCUGGGGCCAGAGUGCUUUUUAGUGCUGGUGAUUCCAAGCUUUGGAGAUGGGAUGUUUUUGCUAUGGCAGGCCUUGUUUCUCAGCUGAGAAGAAGCUGAGAAACUCUUAUCCUUUAAAAGCAUGUUAUCACUGAAAUACUGGAAGUGAUACAGGAGCAGGAACUUGUAUUUUAAGAGGAAAACAGUUUCAUUUAAAAGGUAUCUUAAUCAAGGACUAAGCUUGCAGUAUUGGCUUUGCUGAGCACGAAUGGGAGUGUGAUCACAAUCAUUUUGAAUCUCUUUUUUUCUAAGAAAAUAAACAUUUUACUGUUUUUAUGUA